AUGAUCGAAACUACAGAUGCAAGAAUUGACCGCUGGACCAAGACGAAGGGAGGUGGGUCAGAUCUAAUUAGUUUGGGCUAUCAAAUGCGUGGCAAGAGACAGACAAGCCCUAUCAAAUUGAACAAUCAAACACAGUUGAACGGGCCCAAAUCUUUUGCAAAAGUACAAGAAGAAUUUAAGGCAAUGAGUACGGCCAGGUUUAUCAAGUGUGUAACAGUUGGAGAUGGUGCUGUGGGAAAGACAUGCAUGCUUAUAUCCUAUACCAGCAAUACCUUUCCCACGGAUUAUGUUCCAACAGUGUUUGACAAUUUCAGUGCUAAUGUAACUGUGGAUGGUAGUUUGGUUAAUCUUGGUUUAUGGGAUACUGCAGGACAAGAAGAUUACAACAGGCUAAGGCCUUUAAGCUAUAGAGGAGCUGAUGUGUUUUUGUUGUGCUAUUCUCUCAUCAGCAAAGCCAGUUAUGAGAACAUUUCCAAAAAGUGGAUACCUGAGCUGAGACAUUAUGCUCCAAAUGUGCCUAUUGUGCUGGUGGGAACAAAACUAGAUUUGCGCGAUGACAAGCAAUUUCUGAUUGAUCAUCCCGGAGCCACACGAAUUACAACUGCUCAGGCAUGUCCUCAUCGAAUUAAACAAAAAAUGGCUAUACUUAAACUGAAUUUCCUUUGCAUACAUAGUAGAUUUAACAAUGGUUGUUGUGAGCAGGGUGAAGAGUUGAAGAAAAUGAUUGGUGCAGUGACUUAUAUUGAGUGCAGCUCCAAAACACAGCAGAAUGUGAAGACUGUUUUUGAUGCUGCAAUAAAGGUUGCAUUGAGGCCACCAAAGCCAAAGAAGAAACCGCGCAAGAAAAGGACCUGUACUUUCCUCUGA